UCUGUCAAUGAAGAGGGUUGGGUUCAAUCAAUUUGUUCUCAAAUUCCUUUUUUCUUUCAGCGGUUUUAUUCAAACAAAAACUAGCAGGAAGCACAUCCUGCAGAGCCCUGUCCACUCAGCUUCACGCCCUCUGUCCCCGGCUGACCCCUCUCCCCUGGGGCUCCGCAGAGCACAGCUCGGAGAUCACCAGACUGGACUCUCCCCAAGGCUCCUUUCAGCUCUAACAGGCUGGGAUCUUGGGGCUGGAGUUUUCAGGCAGGACCCCAGGAGAGGAGAGGGGUCUGCAGUGGGGCAGCCUGGCCCCUCCCAUCUAAGUGCUCGGGGACAAGAAAGCCCCGAUGACAACUGCUCGUGCUAGUGGCCCCGCAGCCUCUAGCCUCACUUUACCUAAAAUCCAGUUGGGGAAACGGAUGGGCAUUUGCAAGCACCCUGGCCCACCCUGGGCGGUUGAAGAGGUAGGCCACGUGGAGGUUUUUGCACUUUUUUUUCAGUACAGUGGAAAGUUGUUGAAAGCUUUUAAAUACAGGCUCAGCAAGAUCUGAUUUACACACUUAAAAGAUUUACAUGCUUAAAAAACUCUAGUAUUAGGUUGGAAAGUGGAUUUUGAGGAUAAGCCUGAUAGCAGGAAAAACUGCAAACGUUUUAGUUUAUUCAUUAGUCUUACUGAGAGAUGACAGGAUACCCAGGAGAAGGGAACCUCAUGUCUACACAAAAGCCUGCACAGCAAUGUUCAAGCAGCACUAUUCAUAGUAGCUCAAAAGUGGAAACAACCCUAAUGGCCACCAGCUGCCCAAUGGAUAAACAAAAUAUGGGGUAUCCAUACGGUAAAAAUUAAUGAAUGGAAACCUCAGUUAAAUAGAGUCGGGAGACCAUCCGGGGGAGGUCUCACCCCUGCAUGGACAGCAGAGCCCAAGGGGGAAAGAAGAAAGAUUCCCCUUCUUUCUGGCCAAGACUCAGCCAAUAAGAAACAGGGGCUCUGUUUACUAAGCCCGCCCACCAUCCUCUCCCCUCUAUAAAAGCGGCUCCUUCCCUCGCCUCACAGGGGUUUGCAUGUGGCCGCCACGGUUGAAACCUCGAGUUGCAGUUCUCUGCUGAUCCCGAGUAAACCCGUCCUUGCUGGGGAAUAGCUGGCGGUCUUUUCACUUUAGGUCAACAUUUUGGCGACCCAUCUGGGAACCAGAGAAGACCCCUGACAGCUCCUGGGCUGCUGAGCAAACAGGUGCGGUGCCCACCUGGAGCUCGUUGUCACUGCUUUUCUCACCGACCCUGGAUUUUGAAGAACCCUGCCGUCUCCAUGACAACAAGCCCAUGUUAGCCUGCUGGAGGAUGAGAUACUUCAGGGAGUAGAACCAAGGUGCCCAGUCAACAGCCAGCUCCUCACCAGAAGCAGAGCCCCCUAAUCAACCUGCAGCUGCCCACACAUGCAUGAAGGAGCCCAGCUGAGACCAGAAGAAUUGUCUCGCUGAGCCCAGCCUGAGCUAGGUAACCAUCAGCGAGCUUCUGCGUAGGCCCCCCAGAAGCCUAGGCCCGCUCCCAGCACUAGCUCCGCCCCUACCCGGGACCGCCUCAACACGUGCGGCGUGCCUGCACUGCGCAUGCCCGCGGGGAAGGGGCGGGGCGAGCCGAACCCUGGCAGGACCUGCGUGGGGAAGACCAUGGCCAUGCUGUGUCGGCUGGGAGAGGUGCCCCGGCACUUGCUGGUCUGCGAAAAGUCCAACUUCGGCCACGAGAAGUCGCGCCACCGGCACCUCGUGGAGACGCACUAUCACAACUACAGGGUUUCCUUUCUGAUUCCUGAAUGUGGGAUACUGUCAAAAGAGCUGAAGGACCUGGUCAUGGACUCUGGACCCUAUUACUUUGUGAAGGAUUUACCGCUUCAUGAGUUAAUCGCACAGGAAUUCAUCAAUACUUUUGUCAAGAAAGGUGCGUGCUAUGCACUAACGUACAACACAAAUAUUGACGAGGAUAAUACUGUGGCCCUGCUACCAAACGGGAAAUUAAUUUUAUCACUGGAUAAAGACACUUAUGAAGAAACUGGACUUCAAGGUCGUCCGUCUCAGUAUUCUGGCAGGAAGACCAUGAAGUUUAUUGUUUCCAUUGAUUUGAUGGAUUUAUCCUCUAAACUGGACUCUAAGAAGUAUAAAAGAAUAUCUUGGGCUUUCAAAGAAAAGAAACCAUUGAAAUUUGAUUUUCUUUUGGCGUGGCAUCAAACAGGUGCGGAAGGAUCAACGGUGAUGUCAUACUUUUCCAAUUACCGGAUUCAGGAGCGUCAGCCAAAAAUAGCGCUGAGCACGGUGACAGAUCUGCCGUGCCCCGUGCUGCGGAGCGGCGAGCUCAGGGGCGAGCCGGAGGCGGCCUGCAGCGCCCAGGAGCUCUUCGAGUGGCUGGGCGCCGUCUUCAGUAACGCCGAGCUAAAUAAUGAGCCUGAUAAUUUCAUAUCAACCUACUGCUGUCCCCAGCCAAGCACAGUGGUGGCGAGAGCUUACCUGUGUACAAUCACUGGUUUCAUCCUUCCAGAGAAGAUACGUCUUCUGUUGGAACAGCUGUGUCGCUACUUUGAUGAACCAAAGUUGGCCCCGUGGGUGACGUUGUCGGUUCAAGGCUUUGCAGACAGCCCUGUUUCCUGGAGAGAAAACGAACACGGUUUUCGAAAAGGAGGAGAACAUUUAUACAACUUUGUGGUUUUUAGUAAUCGGGACUACUGGCUUCAGUUGGCUGUUGGGGCAAAUGAUGACUGUCCACCAUGACAAGCACAGAGUUUAAAGUCGUGUUUGUUUACGUUUAUGCUCGUUUUCCGUAUUUCUCGGCAGUAUAAGGACUGUGUUCACUCAGACUUGGGUGAUGAGGACAUUU